AUGGAGCCUUCCCACAAAGACGCCGAGACGGCUGUGGCGGCGGCGGACCCCCGGGGUGCGCCCUCGUCCAGCGGGGUGGUGGUGCAGGUCCGCGAGAAGAAGGGCCCCCUGCGCGCCGCCAUCCCCUACAUGCCCUUCCCGGUGGCGGUCAUCUGCCUCUUCCUCAACACUUUCGUGCCGGGACUGGGGACAUUCGUCUCAGCCUUCACUGUGUUGUGUGGAGCCCGCACUGACCUCCCAGACAGGCACGUGUGCUGCGUCUUCUGGCUGAACAUCGCUGCGGCCCUCAUCCAGAUCCUCACGGCCAUCGUCAUGGUGGGCUGGAUCAUGAGCAUCUUCUGGGGCAUGGACAUGGUCAUCCUUGCCAGCUACAAGGAGCAAGGCAUUCCACAACAGCUGUGAGCCUGUGGCAGCCGCCAAAAAGUCCCUGAAGGUUGCACGAGGCAGCGAUGGACACAAGGACCUUUACAUGUUUUCUUCUGCUGUUUUCUGGGUUUGGAGUGGAAAGGGGGGUUUAAAAAAUACUACCAAUUUUGAAAAUGCAUCUUUUUUAUCAGUAGGCUGAGGGCUGCUAGCCUCUCCCCUGGCUCCAGAAAACCCUGUGGGCAUAGGUACCCAGAGCAUCUCCAGUGAAGUGGGGUGGAGACGGGCUGCUGACAGAGGCUGGGAUUCUCCGGCUUGCCCUGCCCCACAUCGGCCCUGCCUUGCAAGGGCACACCAGAGCUGCCAGCGGGGCCUCACCAUGGGGCAGCGCUGUGGUGGACACUUCCUCUGGGGCCCCUGGCCUGCCAGAGUGGUCAUCCAUCAGGGUAGGGAUGUAGAUGGACAGACUCCAGCCCAGUGUUCUCAGCUGCAGGGUGGGGCCUUCCCCAGGGGCGUCUUCUGGCCCCACCCCCAUCACCGCAGCCCCUAUCUUUGUGUGUUUUGAGCUUUGUUUCCCUGGGAAGGAGGCCAGUGGGGCAAAAACUGCUGGACUCUCCAGAUGUCCACAAAGAAACCCAGGUCUGACUGGACACGGGCUGGCAACUUUUCACAUUCGAGAGAACAGUUUCUGCUCCACAGACCUUUGUGUGAAAUCCUUGGGGCCGAUGGGUCUCUGAUUUUCAGACAUUUUGGGUGUUAGGAAGAGAAUGGGAGACAGUCACUAUACAUCCCCUAACAGUCUGACAGGGCUGGGAAUGCUCCCCGGCAUCAGACACAUGACAGUUUCUGUGCAGAAAUGUGAACAGUCAGAUUAAUUGAGAUUUAUAGAAACUUUCAAUAGCCUCACCUAAGUUCAGGUUGGAUUUUGUCACUAUGUAAGUUGUGGGAGCUAAUGCACCAUUUGGAGCUUUCAUGGGGGUUUAGAAUUAUAGGGAAAACAAUUUUGUGGGGUUGUGGACCUGUGUCUUGUAAUAGAUGCAUUAGGAAGAGACUAUUGGGGUUACACAAGGAUUCCUCCCUCUGCAGAGGGAGUAAAAGGCAGCUCUGUAAGUGCUUGAAUUCAAAGGAGGGGGGAGCCACCAGAGGUUGCCCAGGCCACUGUGAUCAAGUAUCCAUCUGAAAUUAAGAGAAAGGGGAUCUGAAGCUAAAGUGACAAAGUGUGGACAUUUACAUGGUGGUCUAUUUUCUGUUUCAGUCUAAUGUAGGGAGCACUAGAAUGUGAGACUGUUCAGGAACCAAGUUCUCACCGGACUGGACUUUGCGCUGUUGGCUUCCCUGCCUGUCAGGGACUCAGAACUCAGCCAAAAGUGGAGGAGUCACAUCUGUGCGGUCAUUUUCUCCAUGCUAGAUGGGACUGGUUGGAGAGCUCACAGUCAGACAGGAUCUGGGCCUGGGGAUCCACAGAGUUGGGAACCCCUCCAGGCACUCACCCACGCCUGGGCUGGGAUUCAGAUGCUGAGGCCCUGCUCCUGGCCUGUCCUACUCUGCCGUCCACCCCUUUUCCUAUCUGGGGUGUGUUUGCACUUUUAGAACAGCUGGCCAUGUCUUUCUCUCUCCCUGUCCUCCCUUCUUCCGGACCCCAACCCAGGCCUCAUGUUUGGAAGCCUCUGUGUUUUCAGGCAUGAGACCAGAUUUGAUUUUGUUCAGAAAGUCAAACCCCUUCUCUGUGUGAAGACAGUGUCUCAGGCUGAGAAGAGAGCAGGCUCCUGAGGAAGCUGCAUCGGAACAGAGCCUCCCCUAGAAUCACAUGAAACAGCUCCAGCUGAGGGCAGUAAAGGCUCAGCCCCCUUCCCACGGCCCACCAACCCACAGCCCUUCACCCCAAACAGCUCCCCAAAUUUGUCUGUUCCCCCCAGUGAUGACAGGCCUCAGGUGGGGGCUGCCCCCAUGAGUGAGAGAGGGGGAUCGUCUUUUCCUGCCUUGGCCUGGGGGUGGCUGCUGAGGGGGUAGAGAAGAGAUAGCAAUUUAUGCCGCAUGUUUAGUGACACAAUCCAGACCCAGGUGGGAUUUUCUUGAGUGACAGGUGUCACCACGAGUCCCAGUGUGGGAUGGCUAAAUACUGGGAUUUGUGUGCCAGAAAGGACCUCUUUGCUCCACAAACCCAUACCGCAGUUCCUCCCCUCACCUGCAGGCUGCUUCUUCAAACUUGAGAAGAGCCAACCUCAGGGAGAAGCCUCUUUCCUACCCAUCCAGGUAACUGAUGCUGAACAAACCAAGAGUACCCCCACCUGUCUUCUGGACAAUUGAAUCUGUGAGGAUUGCCAGCUCAAAAUGGCGACCUCUAAAUUAGACCAACAAAUGGUCUCGGCAGCCCUGUCUUCAUUAGAUAAGAGUCAGUGACUAGUGGAUUCCAGGCGCUCUGAGUAGCUACUCGGGCUGGGAGAUGGCCAGAAUUAAUUUGUUAAACACCAGUCAGCUGGAAAUUAGGCUUGUCCUGCCAGAAAGCACUUGCUCAACACACAGCCCUGGGCCUGCCUGGAUGACACAGCAUGUGGGCAGUGGUCCAGAAGGCACAGGGCACUUUUCAAGUUGGGCCUCUCAUCCAUCAGGGUUCUGUAGGACGUUCCCUGGCCAUGGGUGUUUGGGGCAGGCAUCACAGGCAGGCAGAAAACUUCACAAUGAAUGAGAUGCUUCCAAACCCAGUGGUGACACUUGGAUCAAAGAGGCAAUUUCCUUGGGCUAUAGCAGGACCCUGGAGCAGGAAUGCACCACCUGGCAACCUGUGAGUGUCCUGCGGGCAGCUGAAACUGUUCACCUGGAAUUUAGCUCUGAGUCUAUUUGGAAGCCAAGGAUUCAGCCAGGAAGGCCAGGGCCCCCAUGGGAGCAGCAGGAGGCCAACGGCUAAUGUCCCGCCUGCCAUGGUGCUGGGGGCUGCAGGCUGGAGCCACAUGGCUUGGUUCCCCUCCCCCCUCCAGCCCCUAUCUGACCAGCAGCCAGCCUGACAGUGGAGCCAGUCUCGGAGGGGAAGUUGAGUAAGAUGCCCUCCCCCUGCUGUGGCAGACCUCUUGUCAGCCCAGUGUCCAGGGCAGCCUUCAGAUGUUGGAUCCUUGCCUGGGCAUAGUGAGGCACAUUUUCCCUCCUAGACCCCACACUGCCUGACACAGGCGAGCAGUGUGCUGAGUGUUCAGAUGUCAGUCUGAGGCUGCAAAUGAGGAGGGUGAAACCCCAAACAUGGGGUGCAGCUGAGCCACAGUCUGUGUCAAAGUCCUACCUUGGGAGAGAGGGUCUUACAGGGGGCUCAGGUCUUGGAUGGGGGACACUCAGAAGCAAAUGUAAAACCUCAGCGAGAACCUGAAGACCUCGACAACACACCCGUGCUCGGCAUCUUGGGCAGCUCGGAAGCCGCUGUCCCUCCUGGAGGGCAGGCCCAAAGGUGCCCCUCGUGGCCAUGGAGGAGCAUGCGCUGGCGGGAGCUGGCGUCAGGGGCCACCUGGUCCUACCACACAGGACCGUCUCUCGCUGUCCCCACCUAGGGCUCUGGCCACUCUGACCCUGGAGGAGGUGGGUCCUGGAGUUCAGCUUCAUGCGGACGUUGAGGGCUGAGGAGCAUUGGGGAGCACCGUGGUAAAAAGGAAGUGCAGAAAGAAAAAGUCACGUGGCUAACAUCGCCCCUCGAGGCGACAGGGCCCUUCCCUCAGAAGAAACACCAAACACAGACCUCAGACACAGAACCCUGCUGCCCCCUCAAGGUAGGGCUGAACCCCAGGACCAGGAGACAGACACAGACCUCAGGCUUUCCAGAAGGAAGACAAAGGUGAACUGACAAUGGUUCUUCUGGACCAGCAGAACCUUUAAGAUCCAAAAAUGCAAUCUAAACUGCUUUCUUGAGCGAACCCCCAUCCCUGCCCAGAUGGGGUGAGUUUGUGAGGGUCACUUCAGUUUUGCCUGGAGCCAGGUCCUCCUGGAUCCUUGGGCCUGGCCAGAAAGUUCCCACCUGGCUCCAGGGCCCAUCUCGAGUUUCCAGACACCGGCUGUUUUCACCCAGCUGGCAAAGGAAGCCUCCUGCAUGGUGAGAACUGCUCCGCGUGUGUAAUUUAAAUGUAAAUUCUCCAGCUGGUGGUUGCAGACAUUGUUUGCUGUUAUUAUUACUUCCUCUUGCUGGUGUGUUUGGAGGUGAAUGAGCACUUUCAAAGCCACACUGACCUCCCUGGAGACUCUGACCCUCUACCUUCUGCUGACACUGCCGCCACGGAGUCCGGGACUGAGGCUGAGCAGAAAGGGCUGCCUCGCCUCUCCACAGCCUCCCCGCGCUGCCUCUUUUGUGUUCAUGCAUCGGCAAGGACUCAGCGGGCAGUGCUGUGGGCCAGCGGGGCACGGGCACAGCCUCAGAGAAACAGAUCAGAGAUGCUGCUUUCCAGGGAAGUGGCCAAGCCCUUGACGUCACACCCUGAGGUCCCCCGUGUUCACAGGUAAAACUGCAAGGUGAGCACAGGUAGUUAAGGGGACACAGGUUCUCCAAGGACCCAGGCUUCCUCUCCAGAGGACUCCGUGUCUCUUGUAGGGGGAGAGGAGGUGAGUCUGACGAGGAUAGGGCG